ACUAAAUGCUCGUUUUUGUUUUCUGUUGCAAAAACGUUUAGCAACGGUGUGCCCUAAUGGACACGACUCUGAGCACCCCCAACUACGGGUCCUCGGUUGAGUCAGACUGAAAUAACAAACAUGGCUUCCCCAUACAGUCAUGAGUGGAGAGCAGUUUGCGACAAAUUUAAUAAUGCUCAAAAUCUAUCUGAAGUAGAAUCAAGAAAAGACCCAGAAAAUGACCCUUUUCGGUCGAAGUAUAAGGCAAGGGAGCUUUUGAGAGAGAUAUACUGCUCUUUGAAGAAUUUCGAUGUCGGUGAAAACGAGAGCGUCAAUGAUGAAGCCGACCAGCGCCCGACAGAGCAGCCCGUUGACGGAGGAAUGCAGGAGGGCUUUGGGAGAGGCCACUGUGGAGCCUCCCCAGCCGGAUCAAGAGCAGCUAAACUCGGGGCGGUGGAGUAUUAUCUUGGUGUAAACCACGUGGAAACAGAAGAGCUGUCUGCUGGAGAGGAACAUUUGAUGAAUUGCAUGACAUUGCUGGAGAAGUGCAGCAUAUCACCAGAGAACGUGUCUUUGUUCAUCCAAGUCAGGGUAAUUAAAUUAAAUUGUAUUCGUCACAUACAGUUUACAGCCGGUAUGUGCCAGCUACCUCAAUCUAGCUAUCUUUAAUUUAGUUGCAACUAGCAGUCCAGUGCAUAAUAUUUGUACAAUGAUCUAUGCACACACAUUGUCUAACUAACCUUAGCUAAAGAUAAUGAAGUAAGUAGCUAGUAAAAUUCUGUGAACUGACUUUAUUUUUAUUUUUUCAGAAUCAACUGGGCAUUCUGUGGGCUGGCAGGGAUGAAAUUGAGAAAGCCCAAGGAUUUUUGGAAACUGCAGAAGCAAUGUAUAUUCGGUACAUGAAAGAGGUAGCAAGGCAUGAGACUGUCUAGAUGCAUAAUUUACCUACUUAGCUAGGUUCGUUUUGGGACAAUAGCAAACAGCAGCAUCAUCAUGCCUCAUCAUCUUUCAUCAGGAAGGCCAGCCGCAGUGCAUUCUGGAUUAUUGUCCUGUCAGACUGAAUCCUAUGGCGGCUGUUUAAGAAUUUUGACCUUGAAAAUGCUGAAGAGAUAAUCUAUUGUUUUGUUUUAUUCACACCAUAGGAUGGGCAACCCCCAAUGGACCUAACUGAGUUCUUUGUGGCAGAGGAAGAUGCAUUACCCCAACAGGAGAGGACCAAGAGGUAGUGAUGUCAUUCUUGUGUGGAGUCUUUCAACAGUUUCAGAAAUAAAUGACAUUGCUCUUUUAACUUUUCCCUUUUCAAUCUCUUCAAACAGAUUUGAAAUGGCUUAUACCCACACACUGUACUAUCUUGCACAAGUGUACAAGAACUUGGAGCAGUAUGAGAAAGCUGGGGGCUACUGCCACAGCACUCUGCAGAGACAGCUGACAUUCAACCAGUUCAUUCCUCUGGAAUGGGCCAUCAAUGCAGCCACGUUAUCACAAUAUUACAUCACCAAGGUAAAUGAUAAACUGUAAAUAUGUGUUGUCUUCAUCAAGAUGAAUGACUUGUCAUGUAUUUACAGUCGGUACAUUACUUGAUUUCUUCAUAAUGAUAUUUUGUAUUUUAUUAGGAUCCCCAUUAGUUGUUGCGAAAGCAGCAGCUACUCUUCCUUGGGUCCACACAAAACAUGAAACAUGACAUAAUACAGAACAUUAACUAUGGAUUAAUCUCACAUGUUUUGUUCUUCCUCCCAGACCCUCUACAUGGAGGGCAGGCACUGUCUAUCUGCUGCCAGUGUCAUAGCAGACCUGGCCGGGGAGGUCCCCUCAGAAGCCGCUGCCCAGGAGAGUAAGUUCUCACUCUGAAGUCAUAUACUCAGCCUUGACAGUAUAUGUUAUUUCUGAAAUGUUUAAGUUGUCUUUCUUUCUAUACUCAUUAAUACACAUCUCAAACCUUUUUCUUUAGGUGAAGCUGAAGCUGAGAAGCGAGACCAACUUAGACAGAAGAGAGCUGAAAUAGCCAGGUGUUGGAUAAAAUACUGUCUUAAUUUGUUGCAAGAUGCCAAGAAACUUCUCGAGGUAAUUUAGAUAUCUUCAGAUCUAAUGUAAUUCCGUAGAUGAUUAGCCUGUAAUUGUGAGACAAUAUAUUAUUGUUAUGUCUACUGCUCUGCACAGGACAACAUUGGAGAGCUAGAUAUGGAUCGUCAGGCGGAGCUGAGAGCAACACGGCUACAUGAGGAGGAGAAGAAGGAGAGGGGAAGGAAGAGUGCUGUUCUGUUUGGUUCCAGUGACACCUUUGACUCCAUCUGUGGCCUGGAGGAGAAAGUGAGUUGUGUCUUCCCCGUGGACUUUGAGGAGGCCCGCGCCAUCUUCCUGGUUGGCCAGACCUACGUAAACCAAGCCAAGGAGUACUUUGAGAUGGACGGCCACGUCACAGACCACAUCGAGAUCCUGCAGGACCACAGCGCUCUCUUCAAGGCCCUGGCCUUCUUCGAGGACGACCUGGAGAGGCGCUGCAAGAUGCACAAGCGGCGCGUGGACAUGAUGGAGCCCAUCUGCAAAGACCUGAACGCCCAGUACUACCUCCUCAUCUGCCGCCAGCUGCAGUUUGAGCUGGCUGAGACCUACUACGAGAUGAUGGAUCUAAAGCUGGCCGUGGCCAACAAGCAGGACGACCUGGAUGCGCACACAGUCAAGAAGUUUAACCACCUCUGCUCCUCCUCCACUAAGUUCUACCAGAUGUUCCUCGACUCCGUCCGCUCGCCAGAGGGCAAAUGGCCGGAGAAACUGGAGGACGAGGUGCUGAGGCCGGCACUGGUGGCUAAGUUCCGGGUGGCUCGUCUACACAGCAGGCUGAUCUCGUCCAGCACAACCGUUCAGCUGGAGAACCUGAGCCGCUCCCUGGAGUGCUACAACUUUGUGGUCCAGUACUGCAAGGACAACCCAGAGGCUAAAAGCGCCAUCGAGACAGAGCUGGAGCUGAGCGAAGAGAUGUCCAGCCUUCUGCCCCUCAAGAUCAACCGACUCAAGGCAAAGUUGGCCUCCUCUAACUGACUCUGAAUAUGGACCUAAACUCCACACUACAAAGCCUGCUUAAACACCCCUAUCAUAUAUUGCAUAUGUAAUUCUCCUCAACCCCCAUCUGCAUUUCCUGAUGUCACUGUGUAACGUCUGUUACUUUUGGAUAAAUUAACCACACCUUUAAUAACUUAAAACAAUUAGCUAUAUGCAUGAUACCACAUUAUUUGCCUAAUUUAUUUGUUCUCCUAGCUGAUUGAAAAUAACUGUCAUGUUGUAUGGUAUGUAGAUCUGUUUAUUUCCAACUGACAACACAAAAUAAACAUAAGGUGCAAAUAACCUUACUUGUCUCUCAAAAUGUUCAUUGUUGAAGUUAAUUUGAACA